AUGGCUAUAGAUGAGGUCACCAAAGAAGGGGAGAAGAUCGGCGCGUUCGGGCCCAUGGUCCGUGGGUCCGUUUCCCGCGAUGACGCCGCCUUAGCUCGCCUGGGAAAGAAACCUGUGUUGAAAAGAAACUUUGGUUUUAUGACCAUUUUGGGAUUCAGUUGUACUGUACUCAUCACAUGGGAAGGGUCUUUGAUGUUUGUCUUUCCGUCGCAGAUCGAGAUUGUGAAUCUAACAAACACCAGUGGUGGUCCAUCGGGCAUUGUCUACGGAUUUAUCGUGGUCUGGGCAGGCACCCUCUCCGUCUUUGCAACGAUCUCCGAGUUGGUUUCCAUGGCGCCAACCUCUGGAGGACAAUACCACUGGGUGUCCAUGCUUGCACCUCCCAGCUCACGCAAGUUCCUGGGGUACCUUACGGCCUGGCUGGCUCUGACCGGUUGGCAGGCGCUGGUAGCGUCAGGCGGCUUUGUGACGGGCACGAUGAUUCAGGGUCUCAUCUUGCUCACGCAUCCCGACUAUGCCAAUGUAAUGCAGAAUUGGCACGGGACUCUUCUCUUUUGGGGAGUUGUCCUUCUAAGCUUCAGCAUCAACAGUGCUAUUGGAUCGUUGCUUGCCAAGUUUGAAGGCCUCGUGCUGGUUGUGCAUAUUUUUGGAUUCUUCGCAAUCUUGUUGCCUUUGGCCUUACUAAGUGAGCAUGGGGAUUCUGCGACAGUAUUCAACAAUUUUUACAACCUUGGCGACUGGCAAACGCAAGGCCUCUCUUUCUGUAUCGGACUCCUCGGCAAUGUGUUUGCGUUUCUCGGGGCGGAUGGGGCCAUCCAUAUGGCCGAGGAAAUCCGCCACGCUGCUGUCGUGAUACCCCGGUCCCUUUUGACCGGCCUGGCAAUCAAUGGGGCAUUGGGUCUCACCAUGGUCAUUGUCACCCUAUACUGUGGUCUACCGCUGGCGCGGCAGUUAUGUCUUCAGUGA